UUUGUCUGUCGCAUCAUCUUUGAGUGGAAUUUCUGAAGAACUACAAAACCAGGUGUACGAACUUAUGACGCAGAAGGUGACGUAUUAUUUGUGCGCCGCUGUUAAAUAGAAGUAAGGUAUUUUUUUAAUCGUUCGGACAUCUGCGUUUAAUUUCCUAAAUGGAAUGGAUGCUCGUGGUGUUUUUUUAAUUUUCGAUCGGCGAACUGGUUGGUUUUAAGUUGAAAGGUCCCGGGACUCGAAAAGGUUGAGUGUUUUCUUGUGUUAUAACGCUAUUCGCUAACUGGUUAGCAGGAGUAUCUUGAAGCUAUCAUCUGUGUUAUGAGCGGUCCCUUGUCUUGCGUGGCCGUAAUCGCGGAACCUCUGCGCUGCAUUUUAUUAACCGAUAGGGUCCCUCAGUGCGGAUCAUUGACACAUUGUCACUGGCAGUCACGUCUGAUGAUUCUUAUGCUGAAAAAGUUCCCACGGCCCAACCACGCAGCUAGCAUGUUAGUCAGCUAAUUAUAAGCAUUAACUGGUUUUUCUCAGGACAUUUUUAUGCACUCCACAUCUUUGCUUAUAUGUAAUCUUGUCGCUUGUCUCCAUUGAGUAUAGCAUCACGAAUUUUCAUUUGAGUUAUUUCCAUUGUAUUCUGUAUCUGUACAGUUUUUUAGCGAGCAAGUCGGCGAACACAGCUUCUUACAGUUGUUUUUGUACAGAUAUACAUGUUUUAUGGAAUUUAAACAAGUGUAAUUGGCGUUAUCUUACACUCCCUUAAUGCAUGGAUAUAGUUAGCUGACUAACAGGAUCUUGUUCCCAGCAGUUUCCUUAAGAGGUCUCUGUUUUACUGUUUUUCUCUGACCCUUCUGUUAGUAAAGCUGCGAGCUGCAGGGAGAGACACCAGGGGGAACAAUGGCAGCGGGGGGCUUAGGCGACUAUGAAGUAGACCUCCACCUGUCGGUCGGCUUUCUCAGAGAGCAGCUGGGUGGGACCAUUGAGGAGGCGGUCCGGACAGCGGUCGAAACGGUUCUGUGCGAGACGGUCCGGCUCCUGGGUCAGCGGCUGGGGUUCCUCCACGGGGCCCGGGCCCCGGACAGUGGUGGGACUCAGAGCCUGAAGCUGCGACUUGAGGCGACAGGUGGAGAAUGGAAGGUGGGGGGUGGUGGUGACCAGGGGGCUGCUGAGAUGGACUUUGGGGGGGUUGUGGGUAAGACCACAAGGAGCGCGAAUCGGUCGAACUUCGGGACUCAGAAACCUCACCUCCAUGGAGGGGACCCAGACCCCCCCCACGACGAACAGACUGACUUUGGAGUGUUUUCCGACCCCUUUGACAUGGAUUCAACUGGAGCCAGGGUGGAGGACUUUGAGGAGGGACAGGACAUGGGACUUCCGGAAGAUUGGGAGCUGAUGAACAAAGUGUACAAGGUGGAGCACAGUGAGGGCCUGUCCUUCAUAGACGAGGGCGGGACUGCGCACUACGCCGAAGACUACCUGAUGCAUGACCGCGACCUCAGGAUCAUCACAGUGCCGCAGGAGGAGGAGCUGCCCCAGCCAGACACACCUGCUGUCCAGGACCGCUUGACGAAGUUCAGCCCGGCAGACAUCAAGAAAGAAGCGCCUGAGGCACAGAGUUCUUCCACUGUGGCUGAGACUCCAGUGCUGCCCCCUGCUGGCGAGCCCCAGAGCGAGGGUCAUGGUGCCGGCGAGCCCCCUGUGGAGUUUGGCCCGCAGAACUACCUGGAACAACUCCGUCUCUGGCUAGAGCGACUCUGUCCGGAGGUGAUGCGGGAGUAUGAGCGUGACGGCUGCCUCUGCGAGCUCUCUCGCCGAAAGCUCAUCAAAUUCGCCGUGUCCUUCAUCAUGGACGAGUUCGGAUUUUAUCCCACCUCAGCUCAGAAGACCAUGUUGGCGGAGCACAUUGUGGAGCUCUUCCCCAGCCUCCGGCUGUGUGUGCCCUAUGCUGGGAUCAAUGGCGUUGAGCAUCUUUAUGACCCGGUGUCACGGACUGGGUACAUCGAGACACGGCUGCGUAAUUUCCGGCGGACGCUGGAGGCCGACAAGAAGAAGUACGUUUUGAAGCGGCGGCGAGCUGAGCUGGGCCUGGUGAGCCAGGCUCCAGCGCCGAAGGGGGCACAGGGUGGCGAGGACACCCGCAAGUGGGUGGCACUGCUGAAGAGGACGAGCCCACUGACCAAAAACCUGCCCACCAUCCGUGCCGCCAUGGAGUGCACCUUUGCCGCCCGCAGGAAGUGGAUGAGCAGUGAGCGACCCAGCAUGGGUGCUGUUUUGGCGGAGUACCCCCGAUUCCUGGACGUCCCCUCCAUGAUUGACUUGGAAUUUGAGAAGAUGUUCCCAGGAAAGGGAGAUGCCUUCCUGUCCAAGUGGUCGUCGCAUGUGGUGCCCAGGGUGCGGCAGAUUGCCGAGCGGGAGGGUCCCCCGGAGGUCGCCGAGCUGUUGCAGCAGGCCAGCUCACAACCAGAAGAUUCCUGUACUCUCACCAUGCUGAAAGUGCUGCUGCUUCUCCUGCCCCCGUCUGCCACCGGCAGAGCCUCUCAGACCACCAAGUCUGCCAGCAGGCAUACGAUACACUACCUGGUGGACCUCGUCCCUAUGGACACCAAAGUGUCAACGCUGUUCCGUGACCCAGCUGCGGAGGCGACUGGCAGCCCGGCGAGGCCCUACAUCCUCAGCGUCGGCCCCCUUGAUGCCCCUGGCCGUCAGCUCUACAUCCUGGCUCCCGCUGAGCGGGUCGCUCUGACUCUGCCCGAGGGUAGCCUAAGCAGCGCCGUGGACAAGCUCUUCAAGUUCCUGAAGAUCUUCAACCUGGACUACCCCAUACAGCUCUCCUCUCUCUACAGCUUCUUGGAGCAUCUGUAUGGCAUAGAGAAGCCCCACAGCACCCCAGUGGCAAGAGGUCUAAGGUGCUAGAACUGGUGUCGGGGCUCCGCAUGCUUUCCUGACACAAAGGCAGUCAUGUGACCAUUGGGACUUACCCUUUUUUUGCCUUGACCUUCUGUAUGAAUUACGAGUACUGGUGCUUACCUGAAUAUGGACGUGGGGAGUCCCAGUCCUCAGGGAUAAGGCGGUGUGCUGUUUUUUUAACAACAACUGGGCUUCUUGGAUGGAUCACGCAGGUGAACACCUACCAGUGAGCAUAGAUCGCUCUUGGUUGUAAAGAAAAUGAACCAAAAUGACAAAAAGGGUAAAUGGAAGCUAAAAUUAACCUGUUACAUACUCACAAACUAGACUGCAUAUUUUGGGCAAUCAGUUUAAUAUUAUAUGUUUGUGUUCCUGUAUGUCUGAUAUUAGGGUUUAUGCCUGAAUACAGUCAUGCACAGUU